UCUCGUGGAUUCUUCCCAUUCUUCCCAUUCUUCUUGGUAGAAAACAGUGUGCACCAUAUGCUCUGCGAUUUUUAGAGCAGGCUAUGGCAACCCGAUUGUCCUGAUGCGACGCGUGUGAUGGUUGCAGUGGGACGGAUAUCCUUAAUUUUAUCCAAUAGGCGUUCUCAGGGUUUUUUUUUUUCUUUUUUUUUUUUUAGGACGCUUCUGCACCCCUUUCUGCGCUGACCUUAUAAACAAUGCUGUAAAUAGGUAAUUGUUAAUUGUCACGUCUGUCUACUGAUCUUUUUCAAAGGAAAUGAUCAGCGCAGAAAAAGCAGCCAGACUGCUGAAUCCUAAAGAAAGAGCCCACUUUGGUUUCUUUUUUUUUCUUUCCUUUUUUUCUUUCAAUUUUUUCGGGUCGAAUUUGAAUUGGCCAUUUUUUUGAGAGAGGAAACCACCGGUGGGAGUCAGUUUUGGACUGUGACUGGUUUGGGGGGAAAAGGGCUUAAACACAGACUUGAUCCCCCCAUCAUAAACUCUGCAGGAUUUCCUCCUUCUCAGUCCAGAGGAAUAUCUUCAGGUCCAGGAGGCUACUGCUGGUCCUCAGGGUUUUCAUCGGUGGCUCACUCACUACAUCCGAGGGAAUGGUGGCCGCACCGCAGAUCCACGCAACUCUUUCUGAAUGUUUGGCAUUUUUCGCAGGCGAGCAUCUUGACUUGUGAUCGAGAGAGAGACGCGGACUGCAGCAGCCUCCGAUCCCUUUCACAUGGAGAUUUGUGCCUCGGUCGCGCUGCAAAUCUUGAAAACGGGGACCGGGGCCCUGCUGAUUUUUCCUGCACUGCUCUCAUCCUCGAUUUCAUUUAUUCGAGAAAAUGCAGAACACACACAGCAGAUGAACUAUGAAUGCUGAACACAAUGAUCUCCUCCCUCCAGCGCCAGACAAUGAGAGGUCGUAGGCUGAAGGGGGCGCUGUCCAACCCCCUCUUUGUGCUUCUUUUGGCCCUUCAGAUCCUGGUGGUGGCUGGGCUGGUUCGUGCUCAGACCUGUCCUUCCGUCUGCUCAUGCAGUAACCAGUUCAGCAAAGUCAUAUGCACCCGCCGCAGUCUACGGGAUGUCCCAGAUGGCAUUUCCACAAACACUCGCUACCUGAACCUCCAGGACAACCUCAUCCAGGUCAUCAAGGUGGACAGUUUUAAACAUCUGCGCCAUCUGGAGAUCCUGCAGCUGAGCAAGAAUCACAUCCGCAGCAUUGAAAUUGGCGCCUUCAAUGGGCUGGCCAGUCUCAACACCUUGGAGCUCUUUGAUAAUCGGCUCACGACAAUCCCCAAUGGAGCGUUUGAGUACUUGUCCAAGCUGAAGGAAUUGUGGCUACGCAACAACCCCAUCGAAAGUAUACCAUCUUAUGCCUUCAACCGAGUUCCCUCGCUUCGAAGGCUGGAUCUAGGUGAACUCAAACGUCUCUCCUACAUUUCUGACGGCGCCUUCAAGGACUUGAGCAACCUGCGCUACCUGAACCUGGGAAUGUGCAACCUCAAGGAGAUACCCAACAUCUUACCUUUGGUCAGGCUUGAAGAGCUAGAGAUGUCAGGAAACCAGCUCUCUGUUGUCAAGCCCAGCUCAUUUACAGGAUUAGUCAACCUGCAGAAGCUGUGGAUGAUGCAUGCCCAGAUCCAAACUAUUGAGAGGAAUUCCUUCGAUGACCUUCAGUCCCUGGUGGAGCUCAACCUGGCUCACAACAACCUUACCUUCCUACCACAUGACCUCUUCACACCGUUGCAUCGCUUGGAGCGGGUCCACCUUCAUCACAACCCUUGGAACUGCAACUGUGAUAUCUUGUGGCUCAGCUGGUGGCUGAAGGAAACGGUACCCGCCAAUACCAGCUGCUGCGCCCGUUGCCAUAGUCCUGCAAUUUUUAAAGGUCGCUACAUUGGGGAACUGGACCACAGCUACUUCCAGUGUGAUGUUCCUGUCAUUGUGGAGCCGCCCAGUGACUUGAAUGUGACAGAAGGCAUGGGUGCAGAGCUUAAAUGCCGUACAAGCUCGUUGACAUCCAUCAGCUGGCUUACACCAAAUGGAUCAUUGGUGACACAUGGGGCUUACAAGGUGCGUCUGUCUGUACUCAACGACGGGACACUGAACUUUACUAGCGUCACAAUGCAGGACACUGGGACUUACACCUGUAUGGUUAGCAACACAGCAGGCAACAUUUCUGCCUCUGCUGUGCUUAAUGUCACUUCUGUGGAGAACAGCGGGGUGACCUAUUUUACCACAGUCACCGUGGAGACCAUUGAGACCCCAGGGGAUGACAGCCAAACGCCACUUCCCCCAUUUGGCUGGGUGUCAUCCUCAACAACAAAAGGUACUCCUGUUUCAACGAGGACCACAGAGCGGACUUACACCAUUCCAGUUCUUGAUCUGGAUGGAGAGGGAGCCCUCAAUGGCCUGGAUGAAGUCAUGAAAACCACCAAGAUCAUCAUCGGCUGCUUCGUGGCCAUCACGCUCAUGGCUGCUGUUCUGCUGGUAAUUUUCUACAAGAUGAGGAAACAGCAUAACCAGCAGGAUCCCGAUGGCCCUGCCUCCUCUAUGGAGGUCAUUACUGUUGAAGAAGACCUUGCAGGUGUCGCCGCCAUGGAGAGACACCUAUCGCUUCCCCCUCUGGAGCACUACAACCACUACAACACCUACAAGAGCACUUACCACCACCCUCCUAUGCUCAGUACCAUACACAGCUCAGCCACACAGGAACCUUUACUGAUUCAAGCCUGCUCAAAAGACAAUGUACAAGAGACCCAAAUCUGAUCUUGAAUUUGACUAAAUAUUCAGUAUCAGCAGUUUCAUACUUGGAGUACAAUGGACCAAAACAUGAAGAUAAAAGAAAUCAAAAUGACAUUGACUUGACAGAGUUGAUGUCGAUAACGGCGAUAAAUCAGCAUUUGGCAAAGGGACGACAUAUGAUACUUUAACAAGUGUCUUUACAAAAACAAAGAUUAUUUAUUAAAAGUAUGUCUAGUGGCUAAAUGAAGAAAAACAAUUUGUGAUAGCUUUUUAGCUCAUUUUAUUUCUCUCUCUCUCUCUCUCUCUGUGUAAUAAUGCACAAGGGAAAGGAUGGUUUACUAUGAGUGAAUAUCGAAUGUAUGAAAUGUGUCUCAUGUGAAACCCACUUCAGAAAUUGGCCUUGUACUAAUAUUAAUGCAGUGCCAUUAAUUCAAUACUUUGAUUUGAUUUUACCUAAUAAUGAUAUAUUUUGUAGAAGGACAAUGCUUCAGUAUUUAGAAGCAUUUAUUUGCUAGUUUUUAAGUAAUCUUUGUCCAAUUUGGCAGAGGUUUAUGAGACAAAACAUUAAAUGGGUUUAUUUUCAUUGCCAUCAUACUCUAGCUGUCACUCAACACAAAAUGAGAUCUUUUAAUGACACAGCUCUGGAUGAUAUCACAGUGAAGCCAGCAUGCCUGAGGAGCAAAGCAGCCAAAUGAGUAAAUGUGCAUUUCCCCUGUGGCUCCUAAACAACAGACAUACAUCCUUCAUUUUAAUUAAGAUUAAAGUUCUUGCUCCCACUGCUCCUCCUACCUUUUCUUUACACUUCUACCUUUGCUGUCUUGCUGUCUCUCUCUUUUUUUGUCCUCCUCUCUUGUUCCAUCUCUGAAUUCUCCACCUUCCCCGUCUACCCUCAUUUCGCUUUCUCCCCGCUCUCCUUUUCUCCAUGUCCUCUUGCUUCUUUGAUUGUCUCUCUGUCACUUAGCUCAGGCACGUUCCUCACCCCAUCGCCAUGUCUCAUUUGUCUCGCUUUAUCUGCCGGCAUGUGCCGUACGAAGGCAGAAUAUUGCUUGGGAAAAUGAAGGGGAGCAUAAGGCUGCGGUCUGUAGCCUUCCUGUUAACCCAGUAAUGAUCUACGUCCACUCAGUGUCGCGUUACCUUGCCAUCACCCCAGGGUCACACGAGCUUGGGUGCUGAUAGUCCAUCUGUUAGUACAGAUAAAGAGGCAAAUGAGGCUGUUUUGUAAUGUAGUGUGACCCUGUCAGACUAACACAGACGGGGCUAACAUAGUCAGUGAAGCAGCUAGGAACCUGCAACAAAAUAAGGGGAGAUGGGUUAUAGCUCAUUAAUCUGUAUCAGCAGUUCAUUUGCAGACUAACAGAGGAAAGCUGAUAACAAAACAGCAUGAGACUUUUCCACUCUCCCUGUGCCCAACAUCUAACAGGGGGUAGAGGCCUUUGAUAUUGAAGCGACCCCUGCUCAGUCUCAUUUUUGUCGGAGGAAAAACACACACACUUUGAUGUUGCAUCAUUUAUAGACCAUCAAAACAUUGUCUCUCCUGUAGUCUGUUUACGCUUUGCUUUUUCAUUUAGUCUUUCAAAGAGCGAGGCUUAAGGAAGGGGGAGGUAGGGAUAAAAAGUGAA